UGUUUGUUGAAGGUUGGUGAAACAAGAUUUGCCUCACACAUCAUUAUGACCACCCGAAUUCGCAAAGUAAAAUCUUCUUUGGAGAAAAUGGUCAUGGAUGAUGAAUGGAAGAAUUAUAAGGGGGAUAAGGGAAUUGAAGCCAAGACACGUGAAAUAAAAUCGUUCAUAAUGAAUGAUGAAAAAUGGGAUAGUAUUGACUAUUUCUUGAAAUUUACGGAACCAAUUGUUGAUAUGCUAAGAAGUGCCGAUAUUGAUGGUCCAAAAUUACAUCUCAUUUAUGAUAUGUGGGACUCAAUGAUUGAGAAAGUCAAGAAAGUCAUCUUUGAGCAUGAGGGAAAAGAUCUCAUUUCCGGUCAAUCAAAUUUUUUUGAUACUAUUCAUGAUAUUCUUGUGGCUAGGUGGAACAAAAGUAACACACCUCUACAUUGUAUGGCACAUUCUUUGGUUCCCAAAUAUUAUCAUGAAUCAUGGCUUGAAGGAGAGAAUGGAAUUCGAAAGCUAGCUCCCAAUGAAGAUAGUGAAAUUUCAUUGAAUAGAGUCAAGUGCUUUCAAAGGUACUUUAAAAAUUCUAAUGAAAUGAAACAAGCCUCAUUGGAGUAUGGAUCCUUUUGUAGCGGAAAUGGCUAUUUUAGUGAGCCUCAUGUGAUUGACGCUAUGAUGUAUGAAGAUUCUCUUUCUUGGUGGGCAAAUCACGGGGUCUCGGCUCCACUUUUGCAACAAUUAGCUUACAAGUUGCUUACUCAACCGGCUUCUUCCUCUUGUUGUGAAAGAAAUUGGAGUACAUAUUCUUUGAUUCACAAUAUCAAGAGAAAUAAGUUAGCAACUUCAAGAGCCGAAGAUUUAGUGUUUGUACAUUAUAAUCUCCGAUUGUUGUCUCGCAAGAAAGAGAAAUAUAUAAAUGGGCCAAGCAAAUAUUGGGAUGUUGGUGGAGAUCGGUUUGAUAUUGAUGAGACAACAAAUGAUCUAACCGAGCUUUCAAUAGAUGACCCUCAAAUUGAAGGUGUGAUAUUUGAGGAAGAGUUUGAAGAUUUGGAAGAAGUUGAAGAAGAUGUGACAGAGAUAGCUAACUUAAUUAAAUAA